AUGGGUUCCUGGUUAAGGUUUUUCGCAGUAUUACAACGAAUCGAACACACAAGCAAGGUUGCGUUCUUCGGAAUCGCCGUCUCGACCAUCGCCACCCUCACCGCCAUCGUUGCUGUGCCAAUGCUCUACAACUACAUGCAACACGUUCAGUCUCAACUCCAGGCCGAGGUUGAGUUCUGCACCCACCGAUCUAACGGACUCUGGGAUGAGUACAGCAGAUUCGAGGGAUUGACCGGAGUUGCUGGACGCAUCAAGCGUGACGCCUAUCACAGACGCGCCGCUGGAGUCAGCGGAAUCCACAGAAAGAUCCGCAGACAAUCGUACGGAGGAGACGCCGGAGUCGGAGGAUUCCAAGGAUCUGCCGGAGGAAGCUGCUGCUCGUGCGGAGUCGGAGCCGCUGGACCAGCUGGAGCCCCAGGACAAGACGGAGCCCCAGGAAACGACGGACAGCCAGGAGCCCCAGGACAGCCAGGACAAGACGCCACCGAGGACCAGACCGCUGGACCAGACAGCUUCUGCUUCGACUGCCCAGCCGGACCACCAGGACCAGCCGGACCAGCUGGACCAAAGGGACCAUCAGGAAACCCAGGAGCCCCAGGACAAUCCGGAGGAAACGCUCUUCCAGGACCACCAGGACCACCAGGACCACAGGGACCACCAGGACAGCCAGGACAUCCAGGAAACGCCGGAGCCCCAGGAGCCCCAGGAUAG